UAUCAAAUUAUCAAGACAUAAUAAUAUUAUUAUUUUAUUAUAUAAAUUAUUAACUUACUAUUUUACUAUAAAAAAAAUAGCCGUUGGCCCGUGCUGUACUUCUUUAAUUUCUGUCAUUCUGUAUUUCUGUAUUUCUGUGCACUAUCCACAAAUAGUAACUAAGUAACUACUGCCAGGUUAUACCUACUUGUCAGUAAUUGAUUUUUCUACUCAGUUUAUAGUUAAUUUAUCUUUCCUUCAAGAAUAAAUUACAAACACAACUACAAACUUGAUUCGUUGGUAUUCUAUAAUAUCAUACUUAAUAGAUAAUACUUUAUACUUACAGUAAUUCAUGCCUAUGGGCUACGACCUAUCUGUCUAUUAGCACAGAAUAUAUAAAUUCAGUUGUAUCAGAUUUAUACUUGUGUCUUGUCUAUGUUAAUAAUAUUAAAUUAGUAAGCUGGUGAUAUAUAUAAUUAUUUAAUACGACAAUACACACAUAAAGCUAAAAUGUCUGCCAAGCUAGAAUUUGCUGUAAAAAUGUCAUCUCCAUCAUGUGCUGAUAAAAUUCAAGAUCAACUAAGCCAAAAUGGAAUUUCAAAAUCUGACGUUCAUAUAUCCCAUGAAACUGGAAUUGUUACUAUCACUACAGAUCAACCGUCUUCCCUUAUUUUAAAUUCUAUUGAAAAAACCGGUAUUAAAGCAGUACUUAAAGGAUAUGGAAGUGCUACACUCGACAAGAACUUGGGCGCUGCUGUUGCUAUGCUUGGUGGAUCAACUGGUUAUAGUAAAUUAGGUAUAAAUGGUGUUGUUCGGUUUGUUCAGAUUAAUAAUAAUGAAUGUAUAGUGGAUGGUACUAUUGAUGGAUUAUCUCCAGGAAAACAUGGCAUCCAUAUAUAUGAAUGUGGGGAUUUAUCUAAUGGAUGCGAUAGGAUUGGAGAUCAUCUUAAUUUGAAACAAACAUCACAUGGCAAUCAAACUGAUGACCCGAAUUUCAGGCACACAGGAGAUUUAGGAAAUAUCACUGCUAAUGAAGAUGGAAGGGCAAUAUUUUACUUUAAAGAUAAAUUAAUAAAUGUAUCACAUUUAAUUGGUCGAUCAGUUGGUAUCACAGAAAAUGAAGACGAUUGUGGUAAAACCAAAAUCAAUACAUCAGAUAUUGAUGGAAAUAGCGGUAAAAGAAUUGCUUGUGGUAUUAUUGCAAGAUCUUCCGGUUUAUUUGAAAAUAACAAAAAAAUAUGUGCUUGUGAUGGUGUAACACUUUGGGAAGAAAGAGAUGUACCAUUGGCUGGGCCCGGUAGACAAAGAAAAAUAUAAUCAUAG